GGAGGCUGGGGAGCCGGUGUGACAGCCCAGCUGAUUGGCUGUGCCGUCCUGGCUGGGCUAUAAAAGAGACCCCUACAGGCUCCAGAGGGAGAAGCUCAGAGGAGUCUGACAGCCUCUUUCCAGAGAAAAGGCAAAGAGCGCUCAAAACAGAAGCCACAGCUCCUCCUGCUGCAUUUCCCUCUUCACGUGUGAAUCCCACACUGAACAAGAUGUGCAAAGGACUUGCAGGGCUGCCGGCUUCUUGCUUGAGGAGUGCAAAAGAUAUGAAACAUCGUCUCGGUUUUCUGCUGCAGAAGUCUGAUUCCUGUGAACAUAACUCUUCACACAGCAAGAGGGACAAAGUGGUUAUUUGUCAGAGGGUGAGCCAAGAGGAAGUCAAGAAAUGGGCUGAGUCAUUGGAAAAUCUGAUUAGCCAUGAAUGUGGGCUGGCAGCUUUCAAAGCUUUUUUGAAGUCUGAAUACAGUGAGGAGAAUAUUGACUUCUGGAUCAGCUGUGAAGAGUAUAAGAAAAUCAAAUCACCCUCUAAACUAACUCCCAAGGCCAAAAAGAUCUAUAAUGAAUUCAUCUCAGUUCAGGCAACCAAAGAGGUGAACCUGGACUCUUGCACCAGGGAGGAGACCAGUCGGAACAUGUUAGAGCCGACCAUCACCUGCUUUGAUGAGGCCCAGAAGAAGAUUUUCAACCUCAUGAAGAAGGAUUCAUACCGUCGCUUCCUCAAGUCCCGGUUCUACCUUGAUUUGGUCAAUCCCUCCAGCUGUGGGUCAGAGAAGCAGAAAGGAGCCAAGAGUUCUGCAGACUGUCCCUCCUUGGUCCCCCAGUGUGCCUGAUUGUCACUUGGAGGUGGAGGGCUGAAACACCCAGACUUUAUUCCUGGAAAACCUGAGGCCAAAUAUUGAUCUGUAUCAAGCACCAGUGCUAUAUCCACACUGUAGCCUAGAACUCAUGCUGCCGGCUGUGUGUGAGUCACUCCCAUGUAAAGCUAGAUUUAGUUGGGGUGUUUAGGUGUUCAUCAGGGACAGGACCUCAUCCUAACCCUAUUUCCCCACACUUAUUGUAGGGUGCCAUGUGAAUAUGUAUUCAAACUAUGGCCACAUAAGUCUGGAUUUUCCAAGAUUGUUGGUUGUUCUCUCUUCCAACAGUUUGACCUCAGCUGGGUGGUUACUAUUCAUAUGACAUCCUUGGGCACAUGUUGUCAGACAGCUCUUUCCUCCAACUCUAAAUGUUUAGAUGAGAUCAAUCUAUUUGUGUACAUAUGUGUGUGUGUUUGUGUGUGUAGACAUAUACACACAAGAAUAUAUAUAUAUAUGUAUAUAUGUGUAUCCAUGCACUGUAUUAGACACUGUAAGAAUAGAUCAGAAAGACCCUCGGUGCUCAUAACCAGAGUGUGUGUACAUACUUACAUGCAUGUUCUAAUCCCUGGUCUUUCAUCCUGCAAUCAAACAUGUGAAUCAGCUAGGAAAGGAAUGCCAGCCAGGUAAGUGGAUUGGGUGCAACUCCAUAGGUCUUGUUAGAGAAGCACCCGAGGAACUUCAUGCUCAAUUUAAUCACGGACAGCCUGCAUGUAGAACAAAAUUUUAAGGAGCAAUUACCAUAAAGCACCUUAGGUCUAGUGGACACGGUGCUGUCUUGGGCUGAUUGUCCUUGAUGGCACUUUCGAGUCUCUACACUGAGGGUCUCCCUGGCUUUGGGUGCUUGGUGCAACCGAGCUGAAGGGUAGGAUCCUUGAAAUGGAGAAAUGAAGUUAGGGCCUUGCCAGCUCUACCUACUGUAGGACAUUGGCUGAGAAAAGGUCUGAAUGAAAGGUUAAUAUUCAUAUCUUCUCGUUUGUCCUCUCCUAAUCAAGGUGCUCUUCUCAGUUUGCUUUUCCUUGAACUUGAGCCAUUAGAUGUGGCUCUCUAGUUCACUGCGGUUGUUUGUUUUCCCCUCAUGGCAUGGCUGUCUGCCUAAUUCACAAACCAGCAACAGGGGAAAUAUUGUAUUUGAUAAAGGGAAAACUUCUUUUCACAUGCUGAAACAUCUUCAGUUCCUCUUUUGAAGGUAGAAUCUUGUCUAAUUCAUCCCAACAUCCAGCGGGAUAUAGGUAGAAUCUUGUCUAAUUCAUCCCAACAUUCUCAAACACGGAAGUACUUUCUUUCUAAGCUCUGAGACUAACUGAGAGGGUAAAGAAAAAAAAAAUCAAUUGUUACUACUGUUUGGAACUUUUCAAGGCACAUGAAAUACUUGAAAAUUUCUCAUUUAUGUUAUUUAUGAUGUUUUGUACAAUGUUUUUAUUAUUGUGUUGUUUUAUAAAUAGAGGUGCAGGAUAUCACCUGAAUUAUGAAUGAAUGGCCAGGAAGUAAUUUUCUUCUCAUUCUUCCAAAUUGACUCUCACAUGCAUGCAUGCGUGCCCACACACCAAUUUCUCCAGUAGAAAUCACAUGCAUGAGCACCUUUGUGGCUUUGAAGCCAAUGGACUGGGCUGUGAAAUGAAGAAACCGGAGUGUGUGUGUACAAAUCUUACUGUAAUUCAAGAUGUAGGUUUUCCCCUUUGUACUCUUUAAUCCCUCUGGGUCUUGUUUCAAUGUCCCUGGAGCUCCUGACAGCAUCCUCUUUUGUUAUACACAGUUCCACAAUUUUGUCUCUACUUGACUCCAGGAUCCCAAGGUGUAACCAACUAUAUCGAUCGACCUAACCUAUGCUAACUGUCAUGACUUUCAUAUUGUAACCUGUACUCGGACUGCUGUCUCAAAAGUAGGUGUGGAAGGUCAUUCUGAAUGAGAAGUAAAUUAUUUUGUAUAAUACAAUUUGCAAGUGUGUUUUUCGAUUGUACUUUCCUACUAUCAUCACCAUACGACAUGCUGAGUUUGCCCACUCAUGGCCUGUGGACAGAAGCUCCCUUCCCUCUGCAUGGCUAUCUUUAUCGUGUGCUUUAAAGGCCUCAAAACUGAUACUUCCAGUGAAACACAUGCAUCUUAAUUAUAAGGGUAAAUAAAUGCUUCAUACGAAACUA